UUACCAAUACUGUAUUAUUAUACAUAUUUUACAAAUUUUACAUUAACUUUUGCUGACGAUUGAGGGGCAUUGUUCAUGUUGAAUUUGCGCUUUUUUGUUGUCUAAAUCUGAUUAUAAUAUUUUAUUUUUAUUUUUGGUGCAAAUGCAGCAUGUCGCAAAUAAGCUACUUCCAAUGAUUUAUAAACAUAUAUUACCAUGAUCAUCAUUAAUCUUGUGUGUUAUACCGCAGGCCAAACCACACUACUCGUUCGCGUAUGGCGUGGAGAACCCGAACACGGGCGACAGCCACGGUCACUCUGAGACGCGUGACGGUUCGCACGUAACCGGCGAGUAUACCGUAAUGGAACCGGACGGCGUGCUAAGGCGGGUGCAAUACACGGCCGACCCCAAAAACGGUUUCCGAGCGUCCGUCCGGUACGUCCGACCCGACGGCGAAGAGUCGCCCAAUCGCGACCAUGGUUACCACAGUGAACCAGAACGUUUACCGGAGCCGCCUCCACAUCAUCAGCAGCAGUCCGAGUACGAGUCUGGUGGCGGCGGUGGCGAUGACGAUCUGCGUCCGUUCGCGUUACAGCCGCAAUCGCUGUCCCUGUCGUCCGAGUACGAGUCGGAGGUUGACGGAGAACCGUUCGCGCCGCAGUUGCCGCGACCGCAACCGCUUUCGUUGAAUUUUGGUUACAACAAGUACAACGACUUCAAUAACAACAACAACAACAACAAUGUCAACGACGAUGACGACGACAACAGCGGUGACUACGGCAGUAGCCGCCCGUCUGCGUUCAAGUUCCCGUCGCCAUCAAACAGUCCAUUCUUCAAGGCGCCCGACGCAGUUAAUGAUUCGGGUGACUAUGGAGACAGUGAUAAGUACUAUCAUUGGCCGGGCACGCUGGGCCCGGCGUCUCCACCACCAUCGCCGUCGUCGUUUGGUCUAUCAUCGUCCCCUUCACCGUUCGGUUUGCCACCGUCUGCGCCACCSUCGUUCGACGACGACAGUGGCCCGGCGACCGCAUCGUCAGCCACACCGUUUGUCGGCUUCGUCAAGCGUCCAUCGCCGACGGCGCCGCUGCCUUGUCGACCUCAGCUGCCGCCCAGCCGUGCGCCGCUGUCGUCGGACAUCAUGAGCUACCAGACGAGCCACUCAAACAAUCUGCCGUUGUUCUUCAAAUCGUCGGGCGACCGCGAGCUUGAACAUUUCCAGUCGCUGCAUGCGGACAUCGACGACGAUGACGACCACGACGACAUCGAAAACUAUGAAUCGGACGACAGCGACACGGAAAACGCGCGCGUGGCCGACGUCGUCCGUCUGUCGCCGUCCCCCAAAUCGGCACCGUCACGUUCGCUAUCCUCGCAGACGUCUACGCCACAGCCGCCUUCCCUAACGAUCUCGGCCACUGCCAACCCAUCUGUGGCUCACACGCCGCAACCGUCGUUUCGCCGGCCAUCGUCGCCACUCGAAGCCCUCGACCUGUCCCCGUCACCGACCAUGACACCCAUUCAGCCGACCAUCAUCGACAUCGACGUCUAA